AUGAGUGGAAUGAUGUCAUUUUAUUUGAAGGGAGGAAUAGACGAAUCCAGAGAAUUUUUGUCGGGCCUAAAGAUUUUUACAGUAGCAGAAUCACUGGGAGGCUUCGAAAGUCUCGCCGAGUUGCCAGCAAUAAUGACCCAUGCAUCGGUGCCUCUUGAGAUUCGUACUAGACUUGGAAUUACUGAUAAUCUGAUAAGAAUAUCGGUGGGGAUCGAAGAUGUCGAGGAUUUGAUUCAGGAUCUUGAUCAAGCACUUAAAAAAGCAGUAAGUUCUUUCUGUACUUGGUUUCCUGAAUAUGAUGAUAUAUCAUUGCUACUUGCAUAA